AUGGGUCAAACCUCAUCAAAGAAACGAGAGUCACGAAGCACGCCUAGUUCCACCAGUAUUGGUGGUGCGUCGAUGGUAGAGGAAAAAGAUACUAAUCAUUCUAACAAUGACACUAAUGGCUCGGUUAGUGGAAUUGCACCUGAUAUCGUAAUGAACGGAACGUCAGAGGGUAACAACACACCAACCUCACCAACCUCACCAACGAUGGAACCAAUUCUUCGACGUCCAAGUUCCUUGGGACCGUCCGGUAACGGCAACGAUCUCUUCAGCAACGAUGUAACUCUGUCGUCUACCUUAACAAUCGGCCACCAUAAUCAAAAAGAUAAUAAAACCAUCAAUAUUGAUGAUAUGAUACAACGAUUACUUAUAGCCGGAAACUCUAACAAAGUAUCAAAGUCCGUGUGCCUUCGCAACGCAGAAAUAUCCGGAGUCUGUCAAUUAGCACGUGAGGUCUUCCUAUCGCAACCAUCUCUUAUAGAACUUUCCCCACCAGUAAAAAUUGUUGGAGACAUCCAUGGGCAGUAUUCUGAUCUUAUCCGACUAUUUGAUAUGUGUGGAUUUCCUCCAGCAGCCAAUUAUCUUUUUCUGGGAGAUUACGUAGACCGUGGCAGGCAAAUAUAUGGCUUCUACGAUGAAUGUAAGCGUAGAUCAAGCGUCAAAAUAUGGAAGACGUUCGUUGAUGUUUUCAACUGUCUACCGAUUGCGGCCGUUGUAGCUUCCAAAAUUUUCUGUGUUCAUGGUGGUCUCUCACCAGCUCUAUCUUCUAUGGACGAAAUUCGUCAUAUCCCUCGUCCAGCCGAAAUACCUGAUUAUGGUCUAUUGAACGAUUUGCUCUGGUCUGAUCCAUCUCCAACCGUAAUAGAGUGGGAAGACAAUGAGCGUGGAGUAAGCUAUUGCUUUGGGAAAUCAAUUGUUAAUGAGUUCUUAAAACGGCAUGACUUUGAUCUUGUCUGUCGUGCUCAUAUGGUUGUCGAAGAUGGAUACGAGUUCUUUAAUGAGAGAACUCUGGUAACAGUGUUCUCCGCACCGAAUUAUUGUGGCGAGUUUGAUAAUUAUGGUGCGAUAAUGGGUGUUAGCGAGGACUUGUUGUGCAAUUUCGAACUGCUUAAACCGAUGCCGCACAAGUCAAAGAAAAAACCAGGUUACACGCCAUUUUCGGCGCACAGUCCACCAGUUAUGGGAGUUCCCCAGUCGGUGUGA